GGGGAAUUCAGCAUGAUCAGUAGCCUGUGAACUUGCGUUCACAAAGUCAUAAUCGAAAUUACAAAGCUCUUCACAGUAUUCAUGUUCAUAUUGCAUUUAUCUGAUCAAUGUGGUACCGUGUAGUUUUUUCACGUAUCAAUUGAUCGUUGUAUUAAGUGAAAAGGACAUUUGUUCAGGAUCUUCACUCAUCUAUUGUGAUAAUAUUGGAUUUGUUCGAGCCACGCAGAGCAUAGAUGUACUGGAACAUGAAUUUGAAAAGAUUCACCGGUGAUUCGUAACUAUUACUCGAAAUGGAUUGGCAUCGCAUCAUCCUUGUAUUCCUGGGGAUUUUUUUGACGCAGUGCAGCAAUCACAUGGUCAGAUGUGUCAUAACAGAUGUACGACUUGUUGGUGGUCCAACCUCCAAUAAAGGUACAGUUGAGAUCAGGAUAGACAAUGGGCCAUGGGAGACAACAUGUGAAGUAAAUCUUGAUUCCAGUGACGUCAUUGUCAUCUGCAGACAGUUGGGAUUCAAAGGAGCAAACAUAGUGAUAAGAGACACACAUUAUGGACAAAAUUCAACUCCAACCAGAGGGCUGGGAUGUCUUGGAGUUGAAACUGACUUGUCAGAGUGCCCAUCGUUUCUAUCGGCAUGCUCGAAUGCUGGAGGAGCUUCGUGUCAUGGUGAAAGUUAUCUUGGAUGCUUUGGGAAGCAACAGAUUAAUCACGUUUUAACUGGCGAUAAAUCAACAGACGUUCCAGAUAUGACUAUUUCCUAUUGCAUCCAGUUUUGUUAUGAGUCAGCCACAGCUAAAUAUAUAUACGCAGGAGUAGAACUUGGAAAUAACUGUUUAUGUGGUGAGGCUAAUGCCGGGUAUCCUAGACAAGGAGAGGUGUCAGAUGCUUUCUGUCAGGCCCCAUGUUCAGGAGACCCUACCGAGAGCUGUGGUGGGUACGAAUUCAUCGCUGUUUUUAGAAUACCCAUGGUUCCGCCAACAACAACGUCGAUAACUCUUACACCGUCUACAUCGAUAUUAGAGUUAACUUCACCCAACCAGGUGACAACAAAUAACGGGAACACAUCUGCCAUACCAUCAUCAUCAACGGCAUCUAUGUCACCUAAAGCAACGUUUGAUCCUCCUGGGACUCGUAAUAACACAGGUUUAUAUGGAGGAAUUGGUGGAGGUGUGGCUGCAUUUAUCAUCCUCAUAAUCAUCAUUGUCAUCAUCUUCAUCAUGGGGAGAAGGUCCCGGAAGGGACGAAAGGACCACACUUCCUCACAAAGGAUGUCUUUUGCUACAGCAAGCACUCCUACGGGAAUCAAUGGCCUCGGUAUCAGCAACGCAGCACUUGAAGAGCCGUCGGUUGCAGGAGGUUCACAACUUGGGUUACAAGCUUCAAAUAAUGCGACGGCCUCUGUUCUAACUGCUUCCGGAAGAGACAAGAGUGGACUUCUUGUCAAUUUGAAUCCCAAAAUGUCAAUGAAUAUCUACGGGGGAAUUGAUGAUGAAGUGCUAGGCGAUGGAAUGAUGCCCUACGCUUCAUUUGACACCGCUGCCACCGUGCAGAACAACAACGGCCGAUUAAGUGUAGUUUACGCCAUGCCCGACAAGAAUGGAAAUGAACCACGGAACGACUACGAAGUAAUAACCAAUGAAAUGGCACACUAUGCUUCUGUUGACAAUGUAAGUCCGAUGCGCCCCCGAACCAUGCCGAACAAGAACGACAGGCUAAGCGUAGUUUACGCCGCGCCCGAUAAGAAUGGAAAUGGACCUCGAAAUGACACUUCGGAAGACUUCGGCUCUCUCUAUGCCAUACCCGAUAAGCCCCGAGGACAGCCGGAUGGGAACGAUGAUGGCAUAGUGCAUGGUCUUUAUGCUAAAGCUGACGAAUCGUUGUCUGGCGAUCAAUAUGAGCCGGAAAUGGUUGAAAAUGAACUGUAUACCAUUUGAGAGACGCCGCUUUAACCAAAGAAAGAAAACAACAGAAUAAGUAAAUUUUGCUUCAUGUGUUGAUGAUUUAGUUGAUCAGAUAUCGAAUAAGUGGGACAUCUUUAAAACAAAACAAAAACAAUAACAAUAACCUUUGAACCCUGAAAACUCAAAUGGCAAGAUAAUGAGUAUUCCUAAUCAAAAAUAGUGUUUGUAAGGGGGAAGUCAGAUUUGCCCGCUUUUUAUAAUUUUCGAUCCAAAAUUAGUUGUCCCCUCAAACAUGUUACUGCCAAAAUCAAUUAAAAUUUAUUCAAUAUUGAUAUGAUCAACUAGUUGAACUCGAGAAAAUCGUUUUUAAGAUUAUUUAGUCAGAACAAGCAGUUAUUGGCAAAUGAUAUAUUCACUUGUUGUUCUAUCUAUGUACGGGGUAUUUUAUUCAAGCGAUAGCAAUUAUUCAUUCUUCACAUUAAUGUUCUUGGUACGGUGUAUGGUAUUCAUGAUGUUCUAAAAUGCAUGGCUUCUCAUUUUCAUGAUUGAAUUGUAGAUCGUGUAAGGUGUAAUCUAAUAUUAUUCUGGUGUACAGUUAAAUGUAUGUCUACUCAGAUUUGUGUACAGUAUGUAAAAACCCUGCAUAUCCCUCCAUGUCGUUUUGGGUGUCACGGUUACAUGAUUAUAUUCACUUUGUGAAGGAUUUGGUUUUAUUACGCGGUGUAUGUACUGUUAAAAUAACAUCGUCUUAAAUCGUCAUAUUUCAUGUGUGAUCUUUCAGUGUAAUAAGUUAUUCAAAAUACUCAGUCUAAUAUACGUACUCAGCUUGCCACGUUUCCGGCUUGACCCUACUCUAUAUGUUAAUAUAAAUGUACCACGAAAGGUGAGUUCUGGUAAAGAUCAAAAAUAAAUUUAUGAGCCUAUUCAUUUUUCGAAUAUCAGUUUGGAAGAACAUUGCGGUGGCAAUAUAUCCCUAAAAAGAUUCACUUUGAAAAUGCCCUAUUAUUCGAAAGGUGACAAGAAAUACCUGAAAAGACUGAACCAAAAGGCUUGCAUGAAUAUACUUAUUUCUUUGUGCGACGCAUGUGAAUGAUGUGAUCAUCAACAAUCCUGAGGUAUAUAAUUAUAUCUUCAUUUUUAACAUUUAAAACUUCCAAGUAGGCCUAAUACUACUAAUAAAUCUAGAUUUUCAGAGCUGAAUAUUUUUUCUUCGCGCCUUUGCAUAUAUUGUCAUUAUCCCGGUCUUCGGAUUAAUUCACACACACGGCAUGGAGUCUUUUUACAUAUAUUUGUAUUAUCCCGGUCAUCGGAUUUAUUCAUGCAAACAGCAUUACACAUUGUGGACAAUUCCACUCCAUGCUGUGCAUUCCAACAUAUGGUCACCGUGAAGGUAUAUGACAAUGUCUAUCACAAAGGUUUUCGUCAUCCUACCGAGUCCCCAUUUUUUCCUGGGUAUAUAUAGAGUGGUGAAGUGUGACGUCAUCAUUUUUUUUUUUUUUUUUUUA